AGAAGAAAACGAACAACGAAGAAGAAGAAGGGAGACAACGACGACGACGAAGAAGGAGCAUCGUAGCUAACGCAACCCUGACGCCUUACCUGCAUUCAUAUUAGCAGUGUAACUGGUAGUCAAGGCGGGAACGUUUUAAUCAUAUUUUUAACGAGCUCUUCAUGCUCUUUGUGCUACAAAAUCGUAGUCCCAAAGACUCUAAAGGCGAGGAAUUCGUUAAGUCGGGGGAGAUGAUGGAGCUGGAUGAUCAGCUGGAGGUGACAAUGUCACAGUCCGAAGAAACCAGUGUAAAGAGGGAAAGGUUUGAGUUUGAAAACCUCCCUGAACCUCAAUGUGAUUUGGGUCCUUCCACAAGUGGCUUUCCGUGCAAAAGGACGCGUUUGGAAUACGGAUUAUUGAAAAGAGUGGAGGUGUCGUUGGUCAGGCUUCCCGAUUACAAGAUCAGUGCUCUUCGACCGCCGACGCCGUCGCAGUUUUACAGCGAAGAUGAAUCUCAAAGCAGUUCAGAUUCCGAUAGGGAGCAAUAUAACGAAUCCAGUGAUUCCGAUCAUCCAUCGGCGAAAAGAUCGAAAGCCAAGAAGAAAAAAAAAGUCAACAAUAUUGAUCACACGCCCAUCAUCGAUUCAUCAGCGUUUGCCUAUGCGCCUCAAGAAACAACAAAAAUUCGGCCCGAUCUGCCUGAGGAGGAAAUCACGGUGGGCUCGACGGUACUGGCCAGGAAGAAGAACUUGAGGUGGCAACGGGGGCAAAUUGUGGAGGUGGUUACGAAAGAAGACGGGCGACUCAAGUACAAGAUUAUGUUUGACGAAAAGGGGAGGAGCCUGGUGUCAGGACACCACAUUGCUUUUGAGGUCACCCCGAGGCUGGAGCAGGUGUACGUCGGGGCUCGUGUGGUGGUCUCCUGUCAGGAGGACAUCGCUCAGUUCCGAGCCGGCAUCUUGGCGGAGCUCCCCAGCAGGAAGAACCGACUCAGGUUUUUGGUGUUCCUGGACAACCACAGACCCGUCUAUGUUGGCUUAACCUUAUUUCACCUGGUGUGCAGACCAUUGCCAGACCCCACGGACGACAUUCAGGACGACACUCACAAGCGUUUUAUGAAGCAGUACAUCAAGGACUGGCCGUACCCUCACUUGACUCAGUACAAGCCCGGUCAGAACGCCUCGGUGGAGUUCAACGGAGUCCAGCUGAGGUGCAAGGUGGAGAUGGUGGACUCCAGCUUGAUCAUGGUGGCUUCUGAGUGUAAUCAGCACAAAGAGUGGAUUCACCGUGGCUCCAUUCGGCUGUCGCAUAUGCCGAGGUUCUUGGAACUGAGGAGAAGAGAAGCUGAGGCAGGUGAACAGUAAUGUGGGCUCCAUUGACAAGUCCGUCAUUGGAACAAGACUUCAAAUUUCUCUGGAAAACGGUUUUUGUUUUGUUUUGGGGGGGGGGGCACAUAAUUGGAUUUCCCCGCCUGUGAAUUGUACACAUUUCUUGGGUGGAUUGCUAUGAUUCCAAUUUAAACAACCAUUAAAAAAACGCUUUUCAGUGAUUUAGUUUUUCCCUGA